GUAUCAGUUCAUUUGGGAUCAGAAGAAGGUCAUCCACUAACUGUAGACAUCAGUGAUCUGGGAGACCAGUAUGAUCGACUCUGGGUUCAAAUCGCAGCUCAACCUGAUGAUGCUAUUUAUGGUGGUGGGGAACAAUAUUCUUACCUUAAUCUCAGAGGACUACAAUAUCCCAUCUGGACUAGGGAGCAGGGAAUUGGCAGAAACAAAAGUGAUAUCGUAACGUUUGUAACAGAUUUACGGCAUUCCGGAGGGGACUACUUCACCACAUACUUCCCACAACCAACUUUCUACAGCAGUCAGAAAUACUACUUCCAUCAUGGAGGUUCCAACUACGCCAUCUUGGAUUUUGGUCAUCGAGAUUUCCAUGAGGUUUUCAUCCAGGGUAAACCAGGACGGCUGUAUUUCAAUACUGGCAACUCUUUUGAUGAACUGGUCACCAAGCUGAACCCUUUGUGA